AUGGAAAAAUUAAAAUUUCGAAUAGAAACGGGAUUGUUCCUGUUGAAAAUACUCCUAUUGAGAAAAAUCAUAUUCUUUCCUUAUCACGAAAAUCCAAAUUGCAUUUGUUAUGUUCUUUGUAUUAUCCUUUCACCACCACCCAAACGCACCGCAAAUCCUUCUCCGAGUGCGUAUGAAAACUUGAAUGCUUACCCGUUUAUGGAUUACAGCGUUGGCGAGGAUUUCUCUUAG